AUGUCCGAUCUUGAACAACAACUGCAGGAAAUGCCAUUAAAGCCAAAAGAUAUAAUGGAAUUUUCAUCCAACUUGAAUGAACAAGUUCAAACCCCGGACGCAUGUGUUCAAAAUAACGAUAAGUCAAUCAAUGAGUAUUAUUUUCAACUUCCUGGUGGAACCAGUCUUCACAUAAUCUACGAUGAUUCUAUAUUUUACUCCAAUGUGUUUGAGCUCCACCACCAGGCAGCGUCACCACCGACACAUUUGAGUUAUAGUGAAACACAUAUGUGUUGGUACCACCAUGCAAAUUUUUAUUGCUGGAUCAAAAAUGAAAUACACAAUUGGACUCUACAACAAGCCGGGACUACAUGUGAAAUGAUGUCCACCAUCUCCACAUCAACUUUUUAA